AUGGCUAGGCCUGGUCUAUUGGCCUUGGCCAUUAUUUUCACGGCGGAGCUCACUUGCUCCUCCGUCUCUGCCACGGCUCGGCACCUCACUUCCUCAAAUCCCUCUCCUUCUGUCCCUUUUUUGGCUAAACAAGAUGCUACCCAAACCAAUCCUCUCCUUUUGGAUUGGGACAUUCCCCCUUAUGACCUUAUUAAACCUGAUCAUUUGGUUCCCGGUGUCAAAACAAUUGUCUCUCAGUUGGAAAAAGAUCUUGCAGCACUAGAGUCAGCAGCGCAACCGGAUUAUAUUUCAUUAGUGCGGCCAUUGGAAAAGAUCUAUGAUCGGAUUCAAGUGUUCGCUUAUAUGAUGGCAAACUAUAUGCGAUUUGAUUUAGUAAACUUUGCUGAUCCUGCUGGCACUGCUUCUGACUUGUUGGAUGAUUUGGAGACCAAGCUGUGGACAAGCGUUCCGAUUCUUAAUGCCUUCAAAGCUAUUCAAGCCUCUUCUUCUUAUUCAACAUUAACUAAGUCUCAGCAAAGUGUUGUCAAACUUUACUUGGAGCAAGCAAAACAAAAUGGUGUUGAACUCAGUGCUGCAGAUAAACAGAAAGUCAAGCAAAUCAAGGAGCAACUGGACACAUUGGGAGAACAAUACGCAGGAAAUUCAGUUGCAGAUUACUAUGUUGUGCAAGAUAUGGCUCAGAAAAAAUCAGUCAGUGUUCUACCUACCACUUUAACAGAUAUGUCUGGAAACCUGAGUUCACUAACGGGUUUAGCAGAGAACACACUUGGCAAAAUCUGUUUCCCUGCUGAUUCAGAUUUGGGUCCCACUUCUCUCAUUAAUCAUGCUUGUGAUCGUUCUUUGCGUCAAGAGUUUUAUCUUGCAGACAUUCAGAAAUCAUCCUCCGGAAGCACAGAUAAUGGUGCAGUCAUUGAGCAAAUGCUGACACUUAGACACGAUCUUGCUAAACUUCUUGGAUAUGAUAGUUUUGCUAAGAUGACAUUGGGGGCGAAAUUGGAAAUGGUUGAAGGUGUUCUUGAAAAUCUAAGAAAAGCCUCAAAAGCUUUGUCAACUGAAGACAUUGAUGAUCUUAAGAGCUUUGUUCAAAGCGUAGAUCCAAGCGCGGCCAGUGAUUUGAAACAAUGGGAUGUUGGGUACUGGAAGUGGAUAAAAAACGCUGGUGAUCCAAAGUUCAUAGAUGAGUAUCAAGAUUCUGUGACUCCAUAUUUCACUCUGGAAGCACUAAUUAACCAAGUUUUUGCCACCGUAAAGAAAAUGUUUGGUGUUGUCAUUGAACCCGCAGAUGGCCAAGCUCCAGUAUGGCAUGAAGAUGUGAGAUUUUUCAUUGUGAAAGAUAGCGAAGGCCAACCUCUUGGACAUCUCUUUCUUGAUCCAUACUAUCGAGCAGGAAAAUAUGGUGGUUUUUGGACUAGUGAAAUCAUUGUGCAUAGCAAGACACUUACUCGUCCUGGUCAAUCAGUUAGAUUACCGGCUUAUUUGAUUGGAGCAGCAUACACCGCUCCCACUCCUAACACUCCCACUCUCAUGGGAUUCUACGAGGUUUUUAUAAUUGUUUAUUUAAACGUCAUUUAUGUUAUUUGGUUCUAG